AUAAUUACCGACGUUAAACUUAUCAAAUAUUUUUUUAGAACAAAUUAUUUUUGAAACAAUAUAAUAUAUUCUACCUAUUGUAAAAUGUGUGUUCCUUUUCAAAAACUGUAUGUCACAACUUUGUAACCCUUUUGCAACAAAUGCAUAUUACAUGUUUCGCAUGGACUUUUAGCCCAUUAGAGUCACAGGAAUCCUUAAAAAGGUUUUGACUCUUGCCUUGAAACAACACAUGCAUUCUACAAGGCCAAUUAAUUGUGGUUCUGUUGAUCAAUGGGAAACUGUUUUUCAUGUUUGCGCUCUAAGAGUACCACUAGGCCGGUGGCAGAUUCCAGUAACAACGAAAAUUUAAACAAUGUACCAGACAAACGAGUUGAAGUUCUAGAUUCAAAUGAUUUGAAUCCCCCAGUAAUGGCUAUGAGCAAUGGAGCUCAUAAUGCUCCUGUUAUAGGAUCAGUGGGUAGUGAUAACUUUGGUAGCUUGCGUUCCACGUUUACCUGUACUCGUUUGACAUCUACAUUAAACAAAACCAAUAUAAAGUUGAAUAACUUUGCCACAAAAAGUUUCCAAACCAGGGUUCAAAAGUUAUUUGACAUGUACAAAGAUGCUGUUGAAGACUUGAUAUUAAUUGAUGGAAUUGAAAGACUGUGUAGUGAUUUACAGAUGUCACCUGAAGAAUUCCGCAUCCUUAUAUUAGCAUGGAAAUGUGAUGCCCAUCAAAUGUGUCGAUUUACACGUGCAGAAUUUCUUAAUGGUUGCCAUGCKCUUCAAGCAGACUCUGUGUCGUUGAUGAAAAAUAAAUUGUCCGACAUAGCAAAUGAUCUCAAUUAUAAUACUGAGGAAUUUAAAAGCUUAUACAGGUUUACAUUUAAAUUUGGGUUGGACAAUGCUGUGGGACAACGUAUUCUUCCAGUUGACACCGCCAUCGUAUUAUGGAAAUUGAUUUUUAAUAUCCGGGAACCAGAAAUAUUACAACGUUGGCUGAACUUUUUGGAAAACCAAGAUAAUAUAAGAGGUAUUCCUAAAGAUACAUGGAACAUGUUUUUAAAUUUUGCUGAAUCUGUAUCCAAUGGGGAUCUUUCUAAUUAUGACGACACAGAGGCAUGGCCAAGUGUUUUUGAUGAUUUUGUAGAAUAUGAAAAUGAUCAAGCCAAUCAAAACAUUAGCGAAAAAGGAAUUGGAAAAAGGCACGGCAGUGUACUUUAAAAACAAAAAAAUCUAUCACAACUUUUGUGUGUUAUUAAACUUAAAAAUAAUAUUGACAAACACAUUGUUUUGUAAUAACUUAAACAUCAUCAAUUCAUUACAAGCCGUCCAAUAUUAAUGUAAACCUUUGUGGGUUUUUAAUGGCAAUAUUACUUCAUAAACAAAUUUGAACUUUAUGUAUAUUAAGUUGGACUAGUUCAAUUUCUUAUUUAUUUUUAAUUUACUUACAGAUCAAAAUAAAUAAUCCAUAUUUCUAUUACAGUGUCUUCUGUUUAUAUUAAUUUACUUUAAUGUUUGUAURUUUACGUUGAUAUAAAUAUUUUUCUUCAAGUGAUUUCUAUUGUGUUCAAAAAUUAUAAACUCUUGUCUCAUUACUUCUAAUUGCAACAAAAUUGGUUCCUUAAAGUAAUCCAAUCUCUAUUAAUUUUUCACUUAAGUAUUUGGGAUCGAGAAAGUUUAGCAUCCAUUUUUUUUUUAUCAAUUUUGCGUGCUGAUAAUAAUCGUUUUGUAAAACACUGACUGAUGUUGUUAGUCAACAAAUACCUGUGAUACUAUUCACGCUUGAUUAAUGACAAGCGUUUUAAUCUUAUUAAUGUGUGCAAUUUUUUUUCUUCGCUGUAGUUAAGAAUACUUAAAUAUUUUACUAAAACAAUAAAACUAAAAUGUUGGUA